AUGGAUGAUUGUCCAAAACUCAAACUGUUCUCCCCACCAGAUUUAGGAAUCUUGGAGAUUGGUGAUAUAGGUACAGAUCAAUUGAGAGGUAUCUUUUGUUUAACUUAUGCUGGUGAUGCUUCAAUAAGUUUACAAACUAGAAUCCGGGCAAAUCCUUUAUGA